UGUCAAUACAAGCAUUGCACUCGGUCCUAAGGUCUUCAGUGACCUAUAUCGCAGGCUAGGGAUGGGCAAGGAGCCAACAGCACGUACAGACCCAGAAGGAUACCUCGCGAACCGGAAUUUCUCACGACGUUUGGCCAAAUGUCCGCGGACAGGCUUACCAGUCUCGUACGCCGACUUCGGUGAUCCGGAUGGUGUACAUGUCCUGUAUCUACUACCCAGUGGAUGCUCCAGAUGGCUGGCAACUAUCCAAGAUCCACUCGCUAAGCGAUAUGGGAUCCGAUUGAUUGCUAUAGACCGGCCGGGGGUAGGCGCCAUACCCAUGGUCCCGCUCAAGGAUCGGAUACGGUCGAGUUGCGAGAUGAUGGUCUCGGUAAUAGAGGAUCUCGGGAUCAAGCUCGCCCAUAUGAUAGCGACAUCGGGCGGAGUGUACUAUGCUCUCUAUCUGCUUCUCCAUCAUCCCGAGGCAUUUAUCUCCUCCCUCAACCCUCCACCAUUCUUGUACCUCGUUGCACCGUGGUCACCCCUGCUCCCUGCUUCUCAUCCCGAUUACUACUCCUCGGCAUUCACUUGGCUUCCUGACAAGCUGAUCGAGACCUCGCACUUGACUGUGCCUCACGUCAUGAAAGUUGCCAAUACCGCCUACUCUGCUUGGGUAUCAUCGAGCGAAGCUGUGGGUUCGACCUGGAGCUAUGCCAAAUCACUGUGGUCAGGUCAAGUGCCGACACCGCAGAGGGAGCGACAAGCCAACAGUAUACCGGCACCCUUACCAGAUACUCCAUCACUGUCGGCUGGUCAGGCCGGGAAUGAAAAUGUAGAACAAGAAAGCGACGUCGAGUCAUACGGCGAGGCGUCUUUUCAAUACUUUUCUCGGUUGUGGAAAUCGUAUCCUGCAGUGUUCACAGAUGUCAUACAAGCAUACUUCAUGGCUGAGAACAAUGGUGGUGUAGGUCAAGAGCAUCUGCUUUGCCUGAAUCGAGGACCUGAGAAUACGGGGCACGAAUGGUUAGAGAACAGCGUAGCAGAUCUGGCGAGAGUAUUGGCGGAUGCUCAGUCAACAGGGCGGCGCAGGAACGAAGACGACGGUCUACCGAUACCGCGACCUCUGAACGUUCAUAUUUGGUGGGGAUGGGAAGACGGCAUGGUACCGCGCCAGGGCCAACUAUGGUUCAACAAAGUCAUCCAAUCACACCCCAAAAAGCUCAGAGUUGAGGUACAUAAUGUGCCUGACGGUGAUCACGGUGAUCUGAUGAUGCGACCCGAGGGUGUACACGUUUUAUAUUCUCUCAUAAGGCAUCAAGGACAGAGCACAAUUAAGAAGGAGAAAGAGGCAGACUUGUAAAUAUGGCGAUAUGUAGCACGUCUGGGGAUUCAUAAUA